GGGCGUGGCCAGAGCGCGGGAUUAUUAUGGUCCAGUUUGCAGUGCGCACAGUGCGAGAAUGAGCGAGAGGGGCUCCGUUACACUCAUCCUGUGAGAAAUGGAUCAUCACAACGCUUUAUUAUUUACACCUAUUUCUUCCACGGACAUGUAUUACGCAAAAUCAGCCCUUUAGAUGGCAUUUAUUUUCAACAGUGCUUGUUCAGUAUGACUGACGGUAGGUGACUGUGAAUUGGACGUUUGGAAAACCUUCGAUUAUGGACAUGGAUAAAUGAAAGGGACAUCACCUGAAAACUCUGGCAGUCUUUGACAUCGGUGAGCUUUUCUGAGCCAUGUAUGCUAAUUUACAUGAAUUUUGAACUCAUUUUCUGAAGGAUUAUUAUGUGUAAAUUGUGUUCUGCAACUGUGAUUGUGAGCUGGAGACGUAUUUGUCCCAUAUCUCUGACCUUACAAUAGCCUACUCACACUUGUUCCAGGUCGACAUACUUUUUAAAUCCUUCACCAAGCGUCGUCUUAGUAUUCUGAAAUAUGGCUUUACCCGACAACGCCUCUGGCAUUCCCGUAGAGGAACUAGCCUUUCCAGAAAUUAUCGAACUGAACGUAGGAGGUCAGGUGUAUAUAACCCGCUACUCGACUUUAACAAGUGUGCCAGACUCUCUCCUGUGGGAAAUGUUCAGCCAGAAGAGCACCAAAAACCUGGCUCGUGACACCAAAGGUCGUUUUUUCGUCGACAGAGAUGGCUUUCUGUUUCGCUACAUUCUGGACUACAUGCGGGACCAGCAGCUCGUCCUUCCGGAUCACUUCCCGGAGCGAGGACGGCUUCAGCGGGAGGCCGAAUUCUUCAACCUCCCGGAUCUGGUGAAACUGUUGGCACCGAAGAUCAGUAAGCAGAACUCUCUGGGCGACGAGGGCUGCCAGAGCGACCCCGAGGAUCCCUCGCCCAGCGCCGAAAUCCCCCGAAACCUCGCCUCCCUCGGGGCGGCCGCGUGUUCAAGCCUGGCGUCCGGCGCCGGAGACGGCAAGUGCUCCGGGUUCAUCACCAUCGGCUACCGGGGCUCCUACACUCUCGGCCGGGACAGUCAAACAGACGCCAAGUUUCGACGAGUGGCUCGGAUUAUGGUGUGCGGGAAGACUUCUCUUGCCAAGGAGGUUUUUGGGGAAACGUUAAACGAAAGCCGUGACCCUGAUCGCCCCCCAGAGCGCUACACGUCACGCUAUUACCUAAAGUUUACUUUCUUGGAGCAGGCGUUUGACAGGUUAGCCGACGCCGGUUUCCACAUGGUGGCCUGCAACUCCACAGGGACCUGCGCCUUCGCCCAUGAGCAGACUGAUGACAAAAUCUGGGCCAACUACACCGAAUACGUAUUCUACCGAGGCAAAUCCUCCCUGUCGCCCUGCUUCAGUGAUCCAGAUAUUGAGGGAGCAGUGGAGGAGACCAUAUAUAACCCACAUAUAUCUAAAGUCUGUAGCCUUGAUGGCACACAUAUUGCCCUUGACCUGGACAAUGAAUCUCUGUCAGACCCCCUUCCACCCCUUCCCCCACCCCUUCCACCCCUGGACAGCCCUGUCCUGGCCCUGCCCCGGGACCCGAGCCCCUCUCCACUGGCCGCUAUCAGUCCCGCACGCCCCACCACUUUGUCUCUGAAAACACUUCCCCGACCCACAGUCACCAACACCAUGACCUCCACCACCACCUCCAUUACCAGAGAGAAUGGUGGGCCGAUAUGCAAAGACCCAGAGGAAGACGAGAAGAAGGUGAUGGAGGACGAGCUGAAGCAAUGCAUCGAGGAUUUCAGGAAAAUCCGCAUACCAAAACUUUUCCCUGACCGCAAGAGGCACUGGCAGAGCGAUCUGCUAAAAAAAUAUGAGUAAUAUGGAUAAACCACCCUGCUGAAAACACCAGCAUGGUUUUGGGUUCCGGGUCGAGUUGCACCAGCUAUAGGCCCGUGUAAGUUACUUUGCCUAGUUGUGGCGUAAAGGAGCACUAAGUUAUAUA